AUGAUUUUAUCAACCGAAGCUGGAGUUACGAAUAUUAAAAAAUACUCUUAGCUAAGUGCAGAGGAAAGAGACAAAUUGAUGAAAGGAGGAAAUGAAAAAUUUAAGUUAAAUGUUAAUGAUGUUAAUGACAAAUUUCACUCCCAUAAAGCACUACAAUAUCGAUUUGAAGUAUUUAUUGAACUAUAAUAGCUAGCUUUGGGUUUGAGUGAAUAUGAUUCAGACGUCAGCACCAACUAUGCCAGUCCAAACAAAUCAUUUAUUUAUUACCCUGAGCAAAAAAAAAGAUUGAGCAAAGCCCUGGAAUUAGGGGGCUCUCAAUAAGACAUAGAAUGGAUACAAAUUCAAUAUUAAAUAUUAUCGAGGGAUUUAAAGAAUAAAAUUGAUAAGAACCAUUAUUUGACUAGAUUGGAAGAGAUAGGAAAAAAAAUGGUUGAAAAAUAAUAGUAGAAAUAAGUUUAAAAAAAAUAAACAUACAAUUAAAACGAUGUUUUUUCAUCAUUUUCAGCCCUAAUGAAAAAAUAGACUUGA